GCAUAGAAUAAGGCAUUCCAAUGACCUGUCAAAUAUGGCGGCUGUAGGCCAAUGUUUAUAAACAUUGUUUUGUUGUCAUUGAGUUUUCAUAUUGUUCUGUUAUAAGUUGAUCUUAAAGUUGUGAGAUUUUUGUUUUCGUGACUGCAUCAAAUGAUUUUUAUAUUGUUUAGAGCUUAUUAGUGGUAUUCUCACGAAAAAAUGCCUUGUAGUUGAUUGUAGAAGUCGUUUCAACAGGGAUGAUGUAAAAUUCUUUUCAGUGCCUGCGGUUUUAAGCCACAGGUUUCUUACGGAUAAAAACGAAUUGUCUGAAAGGCGUAGGGCACUAUGGAUAGCAGCAAUUAAGAGGGACGAUCUUACUGAAUCGAAACUAAAGAAUCAGAGAGUCUGCAGUAAACAUUUUUAACUUGAAAACCUGCUGCUUUGGAAGAUGAAAAUCAUCCGGAUUGGGUUCCAUCACAGAAAAUGGGGCACAAAUCUCAUAGGAAACAGGCUGAUGUUGAGAGGAAAGGAAGAUUUGAUAAACAGAGGAAAUUGAGCAUUGAACACGCAGAUAUUGAUGUCGAACUUAAUUCAGAGGCCCCAGACCAUGGUAGUAACUUCGAUACUGGGGUUGCAUCUCAGACGGACAUUACUAUGGAAGAAUUAACUUUAAAAUUCGACCAAUUGAGUUUUGCCUCAAAAACGAUAGAAAGACUUGAAAAAAAAAUUGACACAUCGCCAUUUGGUCUCAGAGACGAUCCUAGUAAUGAUAUCAAAUGGAUUUACUAUACAGGUUUUUCGUAUACUUUUGUAGAAGGUAUAUUAUAUAAGAUUAUAGAAGAUGAUAUUCCCACAACAAGUAUUACUGCUCUCAGUUCUUUCAAUCUGUUAAUAUUAACUCUAAUUAAGUUAAGAUUAAAUUUACAUUUUCGAGACUUAGCCUUUCAUUUUAAAAUUUCCCGAUCAACUGCUUCAACAUAUUUUGAAAAGGUCAUAGAUAUUCUCCAUAAAACAUUACAGCAGUUAAUAAUAUGGCCUGAGCGUUCAGUGGCCUCCAAAAAUAUACCAUCUUGUUUCCAAGAAGCAUUUCAAGAUAAAACAACCAUCAUUUUAGAUUGUUUUUAA